AUCUUGUCUUUUUUUUUCUUCUAAAUUAAUAAUUAAUAAUAAAUUAGUAAAUGAUAUUAUGAUAUAGUAGGAACUACAAUAUGUUGACAUCAGUUCCUCCGUUGAUAGAUCCAGCUCACGAUUUUAUUUCAUCUGAAAGAUAUCUGGAAAGUUUAGAGAAAAAACUGAAAAAGGUAACUGGUAAAUCUAAGACAGAGCCUACAUCCAAGGACAUUAUAAGAUCUUUGGAACAAUGUAAAGAAGCAAGUAUGAAACAUCUUCUAGAAUCCUCGGAGAAUACAGAUCAAACUGUGGACUACACUGGUGCUGUUCUCAAUAAGUCUCAUCAAGGCCAGCAACAAACAACAGAGGAGAUUGUAGCUCUUGUGUUCCAGGACCAACUUGCUGUACAUCAAACAGAGGUGGAAUGCAAGUGUACAAGUGAAUUAAAGUGUGCUGAACAUCUGAAAUAGACAAAGAACUUGGACACAUGCAUUCUGCAUUAUUUUACGUAAACAUUGUCAAAUUGAUUAUUGUAAAGUAAUCAAUGUACUUCAUAAUUGUGAAUUUUACAAGGUCAAUUUUUUUAUUUAAUUUUAGUAAUAUAUUGACUGCACCUUGUUUUAAACUGAUAGGUGCAUGUAGUAAUGAAUAAAUUCUCAAAUUCAGUAAAUAAUAGCAAUUGAAAGUAUAAUAAACACAUUGAAAGAAUUUAUAUUCUGUUACAGUGACACACUUCAUGUUAACCAAACUUAAUAUUCUGAAACAUUAGCAGAUCAUUAAUAAUAUGUCAGCUCAUGUAUCAUGGCAGAAGUGCAGGGCUGUUAUUUUGUUACCAAAUUUGAAAUAACAUACUGGAAAGAAUAUGGGAAAAUUUGCAAUAUUGUAUCCAAUAUACAUGUAUCUUCUAAAUAUUGACAUCUAUUUUAAUGGAAUAUAAAGCUAUUUAUAUUUGUCAGUCAUUUGUGCAUUUAUGUAGAUAUCAAUGACUUCAUUUAAUUAUAUGGAAUAAAGAUGUAAAUUAUAA